UGUUGCGGGGCUGGCGGCGCCGGAAGCGCAGGGGUCCCGGAGGAGCCAUGGGGGUGAAGCUGGAGAUCCUGAGGAUGCUGGUGUACCUGUCCUUCCCCGUCGGGGUCUUCUGGGUCUCCAACCAGGCCGAGUUUUUCCAGCGUCACGUGAUCGACCGCAAGAGGGAGAUUUUCCCACCGGACAAUCCCGAACAGCGCCGGGCCAUGGCUGAGCUGAAGCAGCGGCUGCGGGAGAGGAAGGGGACACAGGAGUGAGGGGACAGGGGACACGCGGCCACCGACGGGACACGGCGGUGACAGAGGGGACACGGCGGUGACAGAGGGGACACGGCGGUGACAGAAGGCACACGUGGCUGCUCGACGUGGUGGCACCGUGACAGUGGUGCCGUGGCCGUGGUGGUGACACUGGAGACGCGUGGCAGUGCCUGUCCCCGUGGGCACAUCGUGACACCAGUGCCAGCACCGUGCUGGUGACAGGGGACACGUGGCAGCACCGAUGGCGUCACUGUCACUGUGCUGGUGACAGGGGACACGUGGCAGCACCGAUGGCGUCGCUGGCACCGUGCUGGUGACAGGGGACACGUGGCAGCACCGAUGGCAUCGCUGUCACCGUGCUGGUGGCCGCACCUGGUCCCCGUGUCGGUGGCACAAGGGACACGUGGCCUCGCCCGAUGGCAGCACCGCGGGUGGCAGCUGGGCGUCGUGGCUGCCCCGGUGUCCCUGCACUGGUGACGUGGGGACACGAGGGACUCGCGUGUGACGCGUGAGGGACCCACUGCUGCUCCCGGCCCGAGGGGACACGUGGCACCCCUGGUGUCCCCACCCCCAAUAAACGGCGCUGGCACUGUCCCCGGGGGUGGCACGGCCGUCCCGCAGUGUCCCCUGGUGCCACCCCCACGGGCGGCCGGUGUCCCUCAGUGUCA